AUGAAUAUUGAAAAGAGGGGAGGAUAUGAUUAUUCAGAUUGCUCCUUUGAAGUUAGACUAACAAAAAGGAAAUUUUUGCACUCUGUACUAAGAUAUGUUUAUUUUGCCAGGGACAAAAUCGUAGUCUGCAAAGAACCUUAUCAAAAAAAGCCUGAAAAAAUAAUUAAAUUAAACACAAGAUAUACCAUAAAAUGGAUUUACAACCCUAAAAAGAUUGAUCGUCCUUUUAAAGAAAAGGCGAUUGGUUUUAGUAUUUUGAAUGAUAAAGAUGAAAGCAUCACUUAAUUUUACGGCGAUAAUAUAAUUAUGACUUGUCUCUUGGAUUUUCUGUAGAAGUAAAUCUUUCAAGCAGAUUUCUUAAAUGAAUACGAAAUUAUCACCAAAAUAGGAAAAGGAAAAUAUGCAAAAGUUUACAAGGUAAAAAGAAAAGAUACAGGUGAGUUAUUCGCUGUAAAAUACUUGCACAAGAGAAAAAUGAAAGACAUAGACGAUAGCGAGGCUGCUCUUGAUAAUGAAUUAAAUAUUCUCAGGUAAUUAGAUCACCCAAAUUGUCUAAAAUUAGUAGCUUGCUUUUAAGAUACAAAUGGAUAUUAUAUAUUGACUGAGUUGCUUGAUGAAUCAAAGUCGCUAUCAUAAGAAAUAGCAAAAUAUAAAAAUCCUUAAUUUUCAUACAAAAUGAUUAAGCAUAUUUUAGGGUAAUUAAUUAAAGGUUUAGAAUAUGUUCACUCAAAAGGAAUUAUGCAUCGUGAUUUAAAGCCUUAAAAUAUUAUGUUUACAAUUAGCUAAUCAGGAGCGCUAAGCUAGUUAAAGCUUAUCGACUUUGGACUUGCACAAAUUAUAAAGUCUUAAAAAUAUAUAUAUGUUCAUGUUGGUACUCCAGGAUUUGUCGCUCCAGAAAUAUUAGCAAAUGAAUCAGAAAACCAUAGAUAUGAUGAGAAAUGUGAUCUAUUUUCUAUCGGAGUCAUAUUCCACAUACUGCUGACAGGCAAGACAGUUUUCCCAGGCAAUAAAUUUUCUUAAGUUCUAGAAAAAAAUAAACUCUGUUAAAUACAACUAUCUGGUGCUAGAUAUGAAUAAAUUAGUUAAGAAGCAUUGGAUUUGCUUGGAAAAUUACUCCAAAAAGAUCCUAGAAGAAGAAUUAGCGCAAAGGAUGCAUUACAACAUCCAUUUUUCUCAGAAAAAGGUUCUGAGUUCGAUAAGAUGCCAUCUUGUAUGGAGACUGUUUAAGGAGUUUAAAUGACAAAAUUAAAAGAUGAAAUUACUAAUUUACCUAAAAGACCCAUGAAAACAUUAUCAUCACUCUAGGAUUAUGAUCAGCCUAAUGGUGUUUCUCCAACGACCAUUAGAGCAAACCUAUUCUAAUAGCUAAAUAGUCUCAAAUCUAUGAAAGAUAUAGAUGCCACAAAUGAAACCUCAUAUUCUUUAUAAACUGAAGCUUUGUAUAAAUUCACUAAAGAUCUUAUUGUCCUAUUAGAAGACAUAGAAAACAAUAAAGAAUUUCUACAUGCAACAACUGUCGAGGAAGAUUACACUGAUUCCCCAAUGAAGCUUUAGCAAAAAAAUAAAUUUUUCAAUCCUCCUAUUUCAGAGCAAGAAGAAAACUAAAGGAUAAAAAUUAUUACAGAAAUAAAAAAAAACAAAGAAAAUUCCUUAAUAAAUACUAUUAAAGUACCAGAAAGGAUAGAAGAAGAGGAAGAAGAAAAUAAUUAGGUAGAGAAUCAACCAGAGUCUGAUCAAAAAAAUGAAGAACUUACAGAUUAAGAUAGAUAAAAAAUUAGAGAUUUGAAAAAAAACCUGUGCAUUAAUACAAAAAUGACUGAAAAGUCUAAAUUUAGUUCUGGAAUAGAAAUUUCUAACACUGAUAAUAAUAUAAACAAGAACUCUUAGGUUCCAACUUAGAACAAUGAAGAUGAUGAAGAAUAAGUUAACCAUAUAGGCAGAAAAAUUGAAUAUCCUCCUAAAAAUAUGAUAUUAAAUGAAAUGCCUUCGCCUAUAUCUCCUCCUAAUAAUUUUAAAUUAAGACCAAAGUUGCAGCUUAGAAUAGAAAAACAUUAACUCCAACAACAAGAUAGCUAAGGACAAUUUAAAUAAAGCACACACAUAAAAUUCCCUAAAGAAAUAGUUCAGCUUAUAGAUUUUUUCCCGAAAGAUAUGUUUAAUUGUUACCUUUGUCAUGACAGAGAAGAAAUUGAAAAAGGUAUGUCCAAAAGAGUUUUUAAGCUAGGAUUAUUUUUGUUGUACGGAGAAGAUGUUCUCAAGCAGCCAGCCCCAUAAUAAAUUUUAUAAAAGCUUGAAGAAAUUACAAAAAAAAAGAAAUUCCACCCUUGGUUUAUUGGUAUGAUUAAGUCUAUGCUCUAAGAAAAUGAAAGCCAAAGACCUUCAAUAAAACAAUUAAGCUAAAUGAUUUAGAAAAGUUUAAAUCCUAUAAAAACAAUAUCUUGA